CGCCCGCUCUAGUUCUCUGGCCCGCUGGGCGGCGGGCAGUGAGACCAUGGCGACUCCGACAAAGCGGCCGCGGGUGUCGGGGCCGGUGGGCGGCAGCAACCCGGACCCAGUGGCCGGCUUCCUUAGCUGGUGCCGGCGGAUGGGGCUGGAGCUGAGUCCCAAGGUGGCAGUGAGCCGGCAGGGCACGGUGGCCGGCUACGGCCUGGUGGCCCGGGAAAGCGUGCAGCCCGGAGAGCAGCUGUUAGCGGUGCCGCGGGCCGCUCUCCUGUCACAGCACACCUGCUCAAUCGGCGGCCUGCUAGAGCGAGAGCGAGGCGCGCUGCAGAGUCAGUCCGGCUGGGUGCCGCUGCUGUUGGCACUGCUCCAUGAGCUGCAGGCCCCGGCCUCCCCUUGGAGCCCCUACUUUGCGCUCUGGCCCGAGCUAGACCGCUUGGAGCACCCCAUGUUCUGGCCAGAGGAGGAGCGCCGGCGCCUGCUGCAGGGCACAGGCGUACCUGAGGCGGUGGAGAAGGAUUUGGCCAACAUCCGCAGCGAGUACUAUUCCAUCGUGCUGCCCUUCAUGGAAGCCCACCCUGAUCUCUUCAGCCCCAGAGUUCGCUCUUUGGAACUCUACCACCAGCUGGUGGCCCUCGUAAUGGCAUAUAGCUUUCAGGAACCACUGGAGGAAGAGGAUGAUGAAAAGGAGCCAAACUCACCUUUGAUGGUGCCUGCUGCAGACAUGCUAAACCACUUAGCCAAUCACAAUGCCAACCUAGAAUAUUCUGCAAAUUAUCUUCGGAUGGUGGCCACUCAGCCCAUUCCUAAAGGCCAUGAGAUUUUCAACACUUACGGGCAAAUGGCUAAUUGGCAACUGAUUCAUAUGUAUGGUUUUGUCGAACCAUAUCCUGACAACACAAAUGACACAGCUGACAUUCAGAUGGUGACAGUUCGUGAAGCAGCAUUACAGGGAACAAAAGUUGAAGCUGAAAGACUUCUACUAUAUGAGCGCUGGGAUUUCUUAUGCAAACUGGAGAUGGUAGGGGAAGAGGGAGCCUUUGUGAUUGGGCGGGAGGAGGUGCUGACUGAAGAGGAAUUGACCAUCACACUAAAGGUACUAUGCAUGUCUGCUGAUGAGUUCAGAAAGUUUAAAGACCAGGAUGGAUGGGGAAACGGUAAAAGGGAAGAGGACAGCCUGACAAUUGCAAAUAUUCCCAAGCUAAAGUCAUCAUGGAGACAGCUUCUUCGAGACAGUGUUCUGUUGACCCUGCAAACCUAUGCUACAGACUUAAAAUCUGAGCAAGAUUUACUCAGUAGUAAGGAAGUCUACGCCAAGCUCAGCUGGAGGGAACAGCAGGCCUUACAGGUUCGCUAUGGUCAGAAGAUGAUUUUACAUCAGUUGUUGCAACUGACAAGUUAGCAGGAUCUCUAUGGUCUGAAGGAUCAGCAAUAAGAACUUUAUUCUAAGCUGAUGUUCACUGAUGCUUGAGAGGAAGGAAGAUCUGGAUUUUUGCUUUUCUUAAUUAGAUACCGAAAGGGAAAGUAGCAAAGAUGUUGUGCUAGGAUUAACUCUGAGGUAAUGGUGAGGUGUUUGAUUAGGAACAGCAGGCUUAAGAACAUUUUAAAGCUAUUUUGUUCUCAGUCUUAACCAAAGCCAGCAGAAAUAUAGUAAUAAAUAGGCUGUCUUGUAUUCUAGCAUUUAAUAACAUGGACUUUGGAGGUGGACCUGGUUCAGCCCGGGGUCUAUUUUGAGGAAGUCAUUUAACCUUUUUUUUUUUUUAAGAGAUUCCAUUUCCUGUUAUAGAGGAUUUAAUAAGCUAUAUAACUGGCACUUGGUUAGAGUGGUUGCUUUAAUUCCACCUUCAGUUAUCUAAUCAGCAGUCUGAAGUUUGUACAACUCACCCUUCAGGGAAUAAACUGUAAGACGCCAAGGACAUUCAAGCCCCACUCGUGUAAGACUUCAAGUAUUUAAUUUUGAACCAUUUUGUUCUCUCUGGCUAUAAAACUUGACAGUCAUUAAAUGUAAAUUUUAAGUGGGCUAAGUUUUAAAUAUAUACCUAUUCAUUUUCUUUUAAAAAUAUCAAAACACCUUGGGGUAAAGGAUAUUAGAGAAACAGAGAAACAUAGGCAUUUUGUAACUCAAUUUAACCAUAGAAACCUGCUCUGACAAUUUUCCAUUGUUGGAAAGAAAACAGGAGAAAAAAACUAUACAAAAACAAUUCCCAUGUUUGUUUAAGCAUGCCAGCUUAGUAGUGAGAAAGGUCUAUCAUUCCUCAUUCAGCAAGAAGUUGGUGUUUCCCGAUGGCCCCCUCUGCAAAGGCUGGGCUAUCCACUUUGCUCCUCAUCACCAGCACUGGCUGCUGCUACUGUGAAAGGCACAGUGGACUCACAUGUGUGUCAUGACUUUAAUGUUUAACUACAGUAUGCAUCUACAUUUAAGAAGUGGGAGAGCUAAAGCUCAGGAACUAGAAAGGCUACAAAAUACAAACUUGGCAACCAAUACAUCUCCAAAACAUUCGAAAUCCUUACAAAAGGUGCUGUAUUGGUCUUUUUAAAAAAAACUUAUUUGUUGUUCAACUCAGCCGAUAUGGCUGUUAGUGGGAUAAAUGGGGGAGGACAGUUCAUAUGAUUUGGUUCCCUUUCCUUUCCCUACAAUUUACAAGUAUUAGGAGAGGGAUGGGGGAGCUUUAGGCCUGGUCUGGUGUCCCCUAUAGGGAGAGUUGACCUUGUCUCACAGGCACAGUGUAUAUAAACAGUUAGUACAACUGUUGCUUUCCCUGCUGGCAGCUUUAGAUAGAAGCAAAACAAAAACCCAUGAGGUCUCAUCUGAGAGCCCUUCCCAUGUUCCGUUGCAUACUGAAUUCUAUCACAACCACAUUUUACAUAAUUUAGUGAUUUCCAAGGUCCCCUGUCCACGUUAAAAAAAAAAAAAAAGUUACACAGUAUUUAAACUGGCUUUUUGCUGUUCUAUGGGACACCAAGAAUGUCAGAAGACAUGGAGCUAUGCCCUCAGAAAAGUGCAUGGCUUCAGCUGUCUCUUACGAGGUACAAAUUUAUGUAUUUGCCUUAGACACAUUUUGUACAAACCCAAGAAGUUCCAGACAAAGGUUUUUUCUCUUUCAUAUAUUUACACAAGUUCAAAAUGAUAUUCACAGCAUCUUCUAAAUUUUGGCCAAGAGUCAAAAAAAUGCAUUAAACUUUGGAACCCACAUAGACAGGAGGCUGACCCAACAAGCAGUUGGGGCAGAUACCCGAGAACCAAAGGGCUGGAAGGUCAGGAAGAGCUGAAAGGAAUUCUUCAGUUUAUCAACUUGGCGCAGUGGGAUCUCCAGGCUGAAACCUUUGCAACGGAGCUGCAGUUCCAUCUAACUGGCACCUGUCCCUUCCAUUACUUGCUGAGCCUGCUUCUGCCCCAUGCAGCACUGUGCAACCGACUGGAAUAACCUGAAGAAUGGAGACAGUUGCAAAUUCAUUUGUGAGAAAAGUUUAGGCCUAACAACACCUUGUAUCUCUUGUUUUAGCUGUUCUUGCCAUGUUAAUCACCAACCCAAGCUGGAGAAAACAAAUGAUUCUCAUUCUCCCCUCAUUCCCAGAAAAUUAAAAUUGCUUUUAACUCACUUUUCAAUUUCUGGAGCACAGUGUACAAACUCAUGAUUCCAGAACUUAAAUGCUGGAUUUUUAAUCAGCUCAAUGAAGGUAAUAAGAAGACCCCAAGGAUGUGGCCUAUUUACAAUCAACCGUUCCAAGAGAACCCUGGAGAAGGGGAGAGAGGGUUACUAGUUAAUGCACAGAGAAACAUGCAAAUUCAUGACCAAUUCUCCACUACCUUUUUUCUGAUUCUUCUCCCUGAUUAUUAAACCACAUGCAAAAGUUUUUACCUUUACUAAAGACAGGUAGAUUAUUCUUUAUACGACACUCUUAGUGUAGAUAGAUUCUGGAUAGGAUACCAGGGUUUGAGUCUUGACUCUUCUAUUUACUAAGCCCUAGAAUACUAUUAACAUAAAGUAAGUGUAAGAAUAUAUAUCUCAGAGCUGAUCAGAAUAAGAUGGUGGGGAGAGAAGCCAAAUAAAGCCCACAGAGUACAUGGCACAAAAAGUAAUCACUUCAAGAAUGAACACCCAAUGAAAAUGAGGAAACAGGAAACAAGAAUUCUAAAACUACCAGUGCAUAUAUAAGUUGGCAAAAUUUUUUUGAAUGGCAAUAAGUAUUGGCCUAAAUAUUCAUAUCCUUUCACCUAACAAUUGUACUUCUAAAUUUACC